AUGGCGCCCUCGUCUCCAUCUGCGCCUGCGCGCCCGGGAUCGUCCGAGGACGGCGACGCUGGCCUGGCGCGCGGCUACAGCAAGCGCGGCGAUGGCUUCUCGGUGCAGGAGACGGAGGGUCUGCUGCAGCAGGUGCGCGAGCGCUGGCAGGAGGGCUGGGACGUGAUCGCCGAGCUGCACAACGCGCAGUUCCCGGGCCACAAGCGCACCGCCAGCUCGCUCAAGCGCAAGUUCGCCAAGCUCUACCGCACCAAGAUCGACGCCAACACCAAGGAGAAGCACGCGCGCGCCGCUGCGUUGGCCAAGAAGGUGCGCGAGGAGAUGCGCGGCCAGCGGCGCGCCGGGCUCGUGAGCGCGCGCGCCCUCAGCGAGGACCUCGUAGCGGAGACCGACGUGCAGGAGGUGCACGAGGACCUGACCGAGGUCGAGAUGAUCACGUCCCAGCCGGGCGCUCAGAGCCACGCGCUGCCCGAGCCGGCGGUGACAGCCAGUGAGCACGAGCUGCGGCAGACGCUGACGCAGAGCGUCGCCAUGGCGCAGGAGACGCCUAUGAGGGAGGAUGCGUGGCAGUCGGCGAUCAACCGCCUGCCCGUUUCCGGCGACCGGCUGCGCACGUUGCGCGCGCAGAUCGAGAACGGCGAGACGACGGCCAGUCAGGACAUGAUGCAGACGGUCUUGCUGGUACUGCUGGAGUCCCAGCACCAGCACAACCUGGAGAGGGAGCAGGAGCGCGAGGAGCGGCGACAGGAGAAGCUCCGCUGCCAGGAAGAGAUGCGCGAGCAGCGCCGCCGGUGUGAACAAGAUCGCGCUGAGGACCGACGCAGGAACGAGCAGUUCAUGCAGGUGAUGACCACGCUCGUGGCGCAGAUCGCUGCGGGACAACAGCACCGGACCGGGUUGAACUGA